GCAGAGGAGGAGUGAAGGCUGAAGAUCGAGAGUCAGACUGAACUCAGAGCAGAACCAGAGCUGAUUCAGAGGAGCAUCAUGAGGGAGAUCGUCCACAUUCAAGCCGGACAGUGCGGCAAUCAGAUCGGAACAAAGUUCUGGGAGGUCAUCAGCGACGAGCACGGCAUCGAUCCAGCCGGAAACUAUGUGGGUGACUCCGUCCUGCAGCUUGACAGGAUUAAUGUAUACUACAACGAGGCUUCCUCUCACAAGUAUGUUCCCAGAGCUGUGCUGGUGGACCUGGAGCCUGGAACGAUGGACAGUGUUCGUUCUGGGGCAUUUGGACAGCUUUUUCGACCAGACAACUUCAUCUUUGGACAGACAGGUGCAGGAAACAACUGGGCCAAGGGCCACUACACGGAAGGAGCCGAGCUGGUGGACUCUGUCCUGGAUGUGGUCAGGAAGGAGUGUGAGCACUGUGAUUGUCUGCAGGGCUUCCAGCUCACACACUCCCUCGGCGGAGGAACCGGAUCGGGAAUGGGGACUCUUCUGAUCAGCAAGAUCCGAGAGGAGUAUCCAGACCGCAUCAUGAACACCUUCAGCGUCAUGCCUUCACCCAAAGUGUCCGAUACAGUGGUGGAGCCCUACAACGCCACACUGUCGGUGCAUCAGCUGGUGGAAAACACAGACGAAACAUACUGCAUCGAUAACGAGGCGCUGUACGAUAUCUGCUUUCGCACGCUCAAGCUCACCACACCCACGUAUGGCGAUCUCAAUCACUUAGUGUCCGCGACUAUGAGCGGUGUCACCACUUCGCUACGCUUCCCCGGACAGCUGAACGCAGAUCUGCGCAAGCUAGCGGUCAACAUGGUGCCUUUCCCUCGCCUUCACUUCUUCAUGCCCGGCUUCGCGCCGUUGACCGCAAGAGGAAGUCAACAGUAUCGCUCGCUCACCGUGCCUGAACUCACACAGCAGAUGUUUGACGCCAAGAACAUGAUGGCCGCUUGUGACCCAAGGCAUGGGCGAUACCUCACGGUGGCCACCGUUUUCCGUGGCCCUAUGUCUAUGAAGGAAGUCGACGAGCAGAUGUUGGCCAUCCAGAACAAGAACAGCAGCUAUUUCGUAGAGUGGAUCCCCAACAACGUUAAAGUGGCGGUGUGCGACAUCCCACCCAGGGGACUGAAGAUGGCCUCCACUUUUAUCGGCAACAGCACCGCCAUCCAGGAGCUCUUCAAGCGCAUUUCCGAGCAGUUCUCGGCCAUGUUCAAACGCAAGGCCUUCCUGCAUUGGUUCACUGGCGAGGGAAUGGACGAGAUGGAGUUCACCGAGGCCGAGAGCAAUAUGAACGACCUGGUGUCUGAGUAUCAGCAGUACCAGGAGGCUACGGCCAACGACGGCGAGGAAGCAUUUGAGGAUGAAGAGGAAGAAGUGAACGAGUGAACCAGGAAUGCAUUUUUGCAGUUUCUUUUCUGUCGUUUUUUAAGCUGUGAUGUUUACGUUUUGUAUGUGGAAGACUGAAGUCCUAGUAAAUAAAUACAGCUUGCAAUAAAUGCUUUUUGAAGACCCCA